AUGACAAAAGAAGCUUGUCAAGGACUACGAGAAGAACUCGUAUCAUGCGUCCUUCGAUCAGAUUGCGUACUGAAGAUUGGGAAAACACCUGGAGAAUGUAUAAAAGAAAGAAAUCUUCUUCCUGCUCAAUGUCAACAUCUCAUCACUUCUUUCACGGAUUGUAAGAAGGGUAUGCUCGACAUGCGCAGAAGGUUUAGAGGUAAUUACAUAUCGACAGAUACUGCUACUUCCAGUGGCGAUGGUCUCCUUGGGGUAGUUGAUAUUGCUCCAGGGGAGGAAAGAUGA